GUAAAUCGCUUACUAAGCGAUUCUACUUACCUUUUCACCUUUGCGAUGGCUUCAGAUGCGUCACCUAUAUCAGUCUUAUUCGCUCGUGGCCUCCUAGCACGCCUCGCGCUAUGGCCAGCUCUUCGUAUCGCUGUGCACCAAAAUUGGGGAGGACCGCAAAGCGCACAGAAACAGCGCUGGCUAGCGGGUGUCAUCACAGAUGAAUUCGAAGCAUCCCUUCCACCAGUAUCUGUUUCAUUGACGGCUUUCGAUUCUCAUCAAUCAGCCUCCAUGCAUCCAUCACACACGCUCCCUGAGCCUGACACCGAGUAUAUAGAAACGAUGCUGCUCCAGAUCAUGGAUGACGAAUUCGAGGUUGCGCUCGAGGAUGGAAGCGCGUUCGACAUUGCUAGAGAUGUUGUGCGCUUGUGGAAUGAUGCGAAGGAGGGCAGGGAUGGAUAUGUUAAAGACUUGGAGAUGCAAGCAGAUCGGAUGAAAGGAAAAAUGCCACAAUUCGAAGUUGAAGCAGGGAGUGCAAGUGAUUGGGAAGAUAGCGACGGUGAUAGCGAGGAUGAGAGUGGAAGCGACGGCGAGGAUUACGGGAAGGAGGUUGUUCCACAGCUGCUCGACCAUGCAAAGGAAGCACCAGAUACUGACGAUGAUGGCUUUACGAUUGUGAAGAGGAAGGGAGGCAGAUAAAUACCGAGAUGUGCUCAAACAUUAAUGAUUAGACAAGAAUAAGACAUGCAACCACUAGUCGC